AUAGCCGUAUUUCACAACUUGUACAUAACAUAAUAACUUAUAACUAAUAAAUGUAGGUAAUAUAACAUACCUAUGAUAUGCUGACUUAUACAGUAUCACUGUCACAGUGUCAUACCACGUUCAAUAAAAUCACUGUAAUACCAUUUUUAAGGGUUAUUUAUUUAUUUUUACAGGUACGUAAAAAUGUUAGAAACUCAAGAGUCAAAUUGAGUCCAAUAUCAGAAACGUCACAAAGUUCUUCAAAAAUAAUGAAUCGAGAUAUAAGAAAAAUAGAAUCGAUGAUUUAUCAGAAAGAACAACCAAUAGUUCCAUCAAAUUUAAAAAUUUCAAAAGAAGUAACUAUAACCAGUAUAAACCAUACCAAUGAUACAGAUAAUAACAUAAUAUUAAAGUUAAAAAAAUUACCUGGUAUAACUAUAGAUUUAGUUAAGUCUGAACCAGUUUUUAAAGUUCCUGAAUCUCCCAUACUUAAAACAAAUAAGGAUAAAAAAAAUAUCUCUACACAAAAUAAAUUAAAAGUUCUUUUUGAAAAAAAAGGAUUGUCAGUAAGAAGAGAUGAUAAUAUAGAAGCUAAACAUAAUUUGUUAUCUCAUAAUAAUAUAAACAUCUUAAACACAAAUUUAAAUUCAAGAAAAACUUUAAGACAAAAACCAAAACAAACAUGUAAUAGUAUUUCAUUGCUAACAAGGAGUUCAGAUAAAGGAAUUUUAAAGAAUCCAGAAAUUUCAUUUAAAAAAUAUUCAGUUUCUGAAAAAGAAAAUGUACAAAGAACUAGUUCUCCGAAAAAACUUUCAAAAAAAAUACAAAGUUCUUCUAAAAUUAAAUCUAAAAGUUCUGAAACUAUACAAAUGGUAGAAGAAACAUCAAAUAAUUGUAAGAUUUUAUACAAAGAAGUUAACCCAGCAGAAAAGGUAUCAAAUGAUUGUAAUAUUUCCUCUAAAGAAGUGAAAACAAUUUCAGAUAAGGAUAUAAUUAUAAAUAACAUACAACUUAAAACCAAUGAACUGGUUAAUGAAAAUUAUAUGCUUAUGGAUUUAUCAACUGAUGGUAAAAUAAACAUUGUUCAUCCAUAUUUUCCUUUAGAUUUUAUCGAUGGUAGUGUUCCGGAGUAUGAUAAUUUUUUAUCAGGAAUUAGUAAAUCUUCUAAAGACAGCAGUAGUCUUUUGGAAACUUCUCAAAAUGACACUGAAAAAGGAUCGAUAGUAAAUAAAGAAGAGUUGUAUAAUUUUUCAGAUUUUCUCGGUUGUAUCAACACUUCAUUAAAUAUUAAUGAAUCUGAUGACAUUCAUUCUAAGUUAGCAUCUCAAUCCAUUAACAAUGAUAAUCCAUUGGAUAAUAUUAAAGACAAUCAACUAUACACAAUCAAUAAAAGUAAAGAAAAUAUGAUUGAAAAAUUUGAAGAUGAACAAAGCCAUAAUUCCAACUUUUAUUUUUAUAACCAUACUUCAAAAAAACCAUCCCUUCAACAUAAUGAUAUGAAACAAAUGAUGGACAAAUCCAUUUUACUAGAAGACAGUCAAUUAUCAGGAAAAAUGACAAGCUAUUAUUGUGAUAGCUCCAUAGAAAAUAUGCCCGAAAAUAAAAACAACUUACAAGAUUUCAAAAUACCUAUACUACCAAAUAAUAUUAAAAACUCAUCAAAUUUAAACUCUAAUGAAAAUGAAAAUGGUACUAAAAGAAAGUAUUCUCAAAAUGAUUUGUCAAUGUGUGAAAAACUAAAAAAACAAAAGAUAUAAUUUUUUUUGUCUUAAUUAACAGCUUAUUUAUAAAAG